UCUGUGAAAAACACAUUCUUACGCAGGACAAUCGUGCGCUGGUAUCGAGCGCUCACUCUUGAGCCAACCAAUUGAUCGCAAUCGCUGGUCCUCUACCAAUCAAGCAACGGUGUACGCGCCGUGACACACCUUCGACCAGCGCUUCAACACAGUUUGUGCUCAUGGGCGCUAAUUCAAGCGACCAACGAUGGCAACCCAUCACACGCUACCUUGUCAAUAUCAUCCAAUAGCUCUCUUGUGCAAUGAGGAAGCUUGUGCAUCUGUCUCUGACUUGUUACAAGUCUGCAGCCCUAAAAGCAUACAGACGCUAUCGAUUCGAACAGCGGCUACGAUACCGUGACCGUCUUACUGGUACGCAACUAUAAAUCAUACAAGUCAUGACAUCCGAAACAUUGUCGCUCUUUCCAUCGCCUGUGUGUUCAAUACCGCCAAAGUCUUGUCUGCGACAAGCUGAGGAUGUUCACGCAAGACGUAACACACCAUCACCCGUAGUCAGCUCGAAGCUAUUUACGUCUGGGAAGCUUCGAGGUCUUGCUGUACAGCUUACGUCUGAGGUCGACAAGCCUGUCACCGCGCAGUCAUCAGGGGCUACUGCAAAGCCAUCCUUCUCCAGUCAUGUCUCUUCUUCCUCCUCAGAUCAUCGCGUCAUGGAUACUGGGCGAUCUCGUGAAGCUACUCGUGUUACGAAGAAGAAGCCUGCUGUUGCUAUUCGGAAGAUAUCUAUCGACACCACGUCAAGCGAAACGCUUUCCAAUUUUCCAGGAUCAACGCUCGCGCGGUCAAACAGCACUGCGUCUGCGGAGCCAAAUCUCGUGUCACCGCCCAUCAAAUCGAUGUUUCCCGAGUACGAUCCGACCUUGCCUCUAUCACAACAGCGAUACUAUCCAACGGAUAAUGUACCUCGACCCAGUCAUGAGCGUCGCACGAACUGUCAACAUCAUGCCCUCACGAAUCUGCCCUCGCCUGAAUCACCAACUUCUGCUGCCGGACUUUCUCAGCUACAGGCUCUGUGGAAUGCUGCUAGUGGUCAGAAUGCUUUGUUUCAGUCUGAGAAAGUCAAGUUGGCAAUGCAUCGAGACGAGAUCGGUGUUGGCUCGACUGCUACCGAGGUGCGAUUCGGAUCACGAGAGGGCCGUACCUUCUACUCUAUUUCGCUUUCGGAUGCUUCAAGCGAGCUCUCUGUUCGUCGUCACCACCCAGCAAGGACUGGUAUUGUGCCUAUUGCUCAGCUGGACGUUUCAGCACUACAAACAGGAGCCAAAUGCGAGACGACUAUUUUUCCACAACAGGCAGCGUUCGCCGCUCUCGAAGCGGCUGCUAUAACGCAUAGAGCUAAUGCCAUCGCGCGAUACGACCCUCGAGCAUCAUCACCACAGGCUGCACAACUAGCAUUUGACGCAGUAGCCGAGGCCAAGGCGAACGAGUCUUGCCAGCUUGUACGCAUGUCGGAAGGUGCCCGUGAAUAUCAGUAUGAUCUGCGACAUCCACGUGCCAGCGACUUCAUCAUCUACGUUGAAGGAACCUUCGACCUUUCCAAGAAGAGCAAUGCACGAAUUACAUUGCAGCAGUCGAUCAACGCAAAAAAGUCUAUGGCCAAAGCUGCUAAGCUGGUCUGCCUCGAUCUUGACACUGAGACACUCGAAGUUGAUUUGGGUCUGUUUAGGAAGCUACAGAGCAAGUACAUGAUUGACAAAGCGAUAUGUGCCGUUUUGGCGGUCGCAUUCACGGAAAGCAAGCUUGCCGAAGAUAAGACCAAAGCAGAAACAUUCGCAGCACCUCCCAACAUGUCAUACAAAGAGACUGGUGGAGCGAAGCAGGAGAAAGGUAGCCGCUGGCGGCGAAGCAAGAAGGGGAAGAAGCAAGACGGCAAUGACGAAAAGGAGAGGCUGCCAGGCCUGACCCGAGGGAUUCUGUAUUUGCUUGGGUUUUCGUUCGAGGCGAUCGUAUGGUUACUCGGACUUGGAUUCAAGGUGUUGAGCAAGGUCAUUGUUUUCGCGAGUGGCAUUGUUGGCAGAAAGUAAUGAGACAUCCGUAAUCCUACCAGAUAUAUUGAAUACGAG